UUAAUAUACUAGAAUGCUAUAGAUUUCUUAAGUAUCUAUUGCCUCUCUAUAGGAUUUUAAUUAAGGGUUCUUCUAAUAAGGUUAUUUAA